AUGACAACGGAGACGGGCCCCGGUUCCGAGGUGAAGAACGCGCAGGAGGAGGCUCCGCAGCAGCAACUGGAGGCGGCCGCACACGGCCCCACUGCCGCAGCCACCAACCCCGCCGGCCGGGACGCUGAGGCCAAUGAGAAGCCCGGGGCACCGUCCGAUGCCCGAAAUACGGAGCCGGGCACAGAGAUGGAGGAGAAGGACUACAGCGAGACGGAUGGGCUCUCUGACAAAACAACCCCCAGCAAGACCCAGAAGUCACCCCAGAAAACCAAGAAAGUGAAGAGUGCCCUCUGCAGAGUGACCCUGCUCGAUGCCUCCGAGUACGAAUGCGAGGUGGAGAAGCACGCCCGAGGCCAGGUCCUCUUUGACAUGGUCUGCGAGCACCUCAACCUCCUGGAGAAGGACUACUUCGGCCUCACCUUCUGCGACUCGGACAGCCAGAAGAACUGGCUGGACCCCUCCAAGGAGAUCAAGAAGCAGAUCCGCAGCGGGCCCUGGAACUUCGCCUUCACUGUGAAGUUUUACCCUCCAGACCCUGCCCAGCUCACGGAGGACAUCACAAGAUACUACCUGUGCCUGCAGCUCCGUGCGGACAUCAUCACGGGGCGCCUGCCCUGCUCCUUUGUCACACAUGCCCUGCUGGGCUCCUACGCUGUGCAAGCCGAGCUGGGUGACUACGAUGCUGAGGAACACGUGGGCAACUAUGUCAGCGAGCUCCGCUUCGCCCCCAACCAGACGCGGGAGCUGGAGGAGCGCAUCAUGGAGUUGCACAAGACCUACCGGGGAAUGACCCCCGGGGAAGCGGAGAUCCACUUUCUGGAGAACGCCAAGAAGCUCUCCAUGUACGGGGUGGACCUGCACCACGCCAAGGACUCAGAGGGCAUCGACAUCAUGCUGGGUGUCUGCGCCAACGGCCUCCUCAUCUACAGGGACCGGCUGAGGAUCAACCGCUUCGCCUGGCCCAAGAUCCUCAAAAUUUCCUACAAGAGGAGCAACUUCUACAUCAAGAUCCGCCCGGGUGAGUACGAACAGUUUGAGAGCACCAUUGGCUUCAAGCUGCCCAACCACCGCUCCGCCAAGCGUCUCUGGAAGGUCUGCAUAGAGCAUCACACCUUCUUCAGGCUGGUGUCCCCAGAGCCACCCCCCAAGGGCUUCCUGGUGAUGGGCUCCAAGUUUCGCUACAGCGGGCGGACGCAGGCGCAGACGCGGCAGGCCAGCGCCCUCAUCGACCGCCCAGCUCCCUUCUUCGAGCGCUCCUCCAGCAAACGGUACACCAUGUCUCGCAGCCUUGACGGAGAGUUCUCGCGCCCAGCCUCCGUCAGCGAGAACCACGACGCCGGGGCAGAGGGCGAGAAGCAGGAUGAGGAUGGUGAGUUUGGCAGCAGGAGACGGUCCGAGACAGAGGACGAGGAGGUGACCACGCCAACGAAAAUCAAGGAGCUGAAGCCGGAGCACGAAACAACCCCCAGGCACAAGCAGGAGUUUUUAGACAAGCCAGAAGAUGUUUUGCUGAAGCAUCAGGCCAGCAUCAAUGAGCUGAAACGGACCCUGAAGGAGCCCAACAGCAAGCUGGUUCACAGGGACCGGGACAGGAGGCUGCCUUCCUCACCAGCCUCUUCCUCACCCAAGCACGAGGAUGAAACACCAAAGGGAACCCCAGAAAAGGCCAGCGAGAGAGCGGGCUUGAGGGAGGGCGCUGAGGAGAAAGCUAAGCCGCCUCGGCACAGGGCUCCCGAGAGUGACACCGGCGAUGAGGAGCAGGACCAGGAGAAGGACUCGGUCUUUCUGAAGGACAACCACCUGGCCAUCGAGCGCAAGUGCUCCAGCAUCACGGUCAGUUCAACCUCCAGCCUGGAAGCAGAGGUGGACUUCACAGUGAUCGGUGACUUCCACGGCACAGCCUUUGAGGACAUCUCGCGGAGCCUGCCCGAGCUGGACAAGGACAAGAGUGAAACGGAAGACGAAGGCCUGGUUUCCUUCCAGCACACUGACAAAGUAGUUCCCAGACUGGAAGAGGAUGGCAAAGGCGGGGAGAAGGUCUCCCAGCCCAGCCCAGAUGUCUCCCAGCUAGAGUCCUCAGCCCCGAAAACGGAUGCUGUGACCAUCGGCCUGCGGCCGGGCAUGAAGAAGCCUGAAGCAGACGGCUCCGCUCCCCACCGGGUUGGCACCACAGACACAGCCCAGGUGGAUGGAGGCACCCCAGGCAGCAGGGACACCACAGCCAUGGCUCACGCUGGCACCGCAGAGACAGCGCUGGCGACCUCAGAUCACAGCAUCAAGGCUGGGAAAGCGGCCGUUCCCACGACAGACCUUCGCUCCCUCUCACCGAUCACCAGCGGCUCCGCUGGGAAGGAAGUGCUCACCAGCAUAUUCAGUGCCACUGCAGAAACCCUCUCCACUUCCACCACUACCCACGUUACCAAGACUGUGAAAGGAGGGUUUUCAGAAACCCGAAUAGAGAAGCGCAUCAUUAUCACAGGAGACGAAGACGUGGACCAGGACCAGGCGCUGGCUUUAGCAAUCAAAGAGGCAAAACUACAGCAUCCCGACAUGCUGGUAACCAAAGCUGUGGUGUACAGAGAAACAGAACCUUCUCCAGAGGAGAGGGACAAGAAGCCUCAGGUAGGUGGAGAAGUUACGGGAAUCUUGACCAACGUCUUCAUGGAAGUCGGCGUCUGCGUUCAAACCUGGAGAACAGCGGAGAAGGAGCCUUCAUGCUGGAUUUGUCAGCAAGACAUAGACAUCCUGGCUGCAAUGUUCAUGGCGAGAGACAAAAAUUUUUAA